AUGAAAGUGCGCGAGUGGUGCGUCGCGGCACCUCAUCAGGAAUACGCAAUGUCCAAGAAGGAAGAAUUCGAAUUGGGAGCAUCGUCCCGCUGUUAUCGCGUAGAGCUAAGCUCCAUGUCAUGUCGCGAAUAUGACAUCUGCAAUGAGGACGUCGAAGAUGAGGAGACGGAAAGCGAAGAACAACCUGAUGCAGCACCGAGAAGAAUUUUCCGUGCUCCAGCUCCCCCAAAAAUGCCUGCUGGACGACGACGCAGAGGUACACCAGCGACUACAACACGCACCGGCCCCAAACCAGCCAGAGUGACGGAAAAAACGGCCGCUCGUGGUACUGGCCGUAGAAUGCAGAAUAGAAGUAACAGACCAAGGACUGCGAAUGGAACCCCUCUGGAUGGACCAGUGACGCGUUCGAGCGGGUAA